AUGAUCUUGAGGAAAGUGGACUUUGGCAACUUCUCUGACUGCCCCAAUGGCUCCCGCCAGUGGAUAUGGGACAUGUUUGGUGAAUGUGCCCAGGACUGCUGGGAUGAUGCCAGUGUGGGCCUGGGUCUGAUCUCCAUUCUCUGCUUUGCUGGAUCCACCUUCCCCCAGUACAUCAAAGCCUGCAAGACUGGCAAUAUGGACCAGGCCCUAUCGCUGUGGUUCCUGCUGGGCUGGCUGGGCGGAGACUCCUGCAACCUCAUCGGCUCCUUCCUUGCUCACCAGCUGCCCCUGCAGACCUACACAGCCGUGUAUUACGUCCUGGCGGACCUCCUGAUGCUGACGCUGUACUUUUACUACAAGUACAAGAAGCGCCCCUCCCUGUUGUCUACCCCCAUCAAUGCUGUGCUCUUGCUCCUCUUGGGGAUGGCAUUUUCCACCCCGCUGUUGAGCUGGCCUGACCCUGUGGGCUCCCCCAGCGAGGUCUUCCAAGGACGGACGCUCCUGUCAGUGGAACCAGAGAAUAAGCCCUUCACCAAGCAGGAAAUAAUUGGCUUUGUCAUCGGCUCUAUCUCCAGCGUGCUGUACCUGCUCUCCCGGCUGCCUCAGAUCUACACCAACUUCCUGCGGAAGUCCACCCAGGGCAUCUCCUACUCUCUGUUUGCACUGGUGAUGCUGGGGAACAUGCUGUAUGGGCUGAGCGUGAUACUCAAAAACCCCGAGGUGGGCCAGAGCGAGGGCAGCUACCUGCUGCACCACCUGCCCUGGCUCGUGGGCAGCCUGGGUGUGCUGCUGCUUGACGGCAUCAUCUCCGUGCAGUUCCUGAUUUACAGAAAUGCCGCAGCUGCUGUCAUCACCUCAGAGAGAGAGCCUCUCCUCCCCAGCUGA